GCCUCCUCCAAUCCUUGCAAAGCCCACGACUCGUAGCAACUUUAGCCAUGGCUUCCAAGCUCCAGCUCCUGCCCUCCUUCAUUGCCAUUGUGGUUCUCGCAGCGGUUAUCCACCCUUGCGCGUCCGUUGAGUUUCACCGCAAGCUCGCCAGUUGGUCUAAUGCCGGCGCGACAUGGUAUGGCGCCGCUAAUGGGGCUGGGAGUGAUGGUGGUGCGUGCGGGUACAAGGGUGCCGUCGACCAGUCACCGUUUUCAUCCAUGAUCGCCGCCGGCGGCCCUUCCCUCUACGCCUCUGGCUUGGGCUGUGGAUCUUGCUACCAGGUGAAAUGCACUGGUAACGCCGCGUGCUCCAGCAGCCCGGUGACGGUCGUCAUCACGGACCAGUGCCCCGGCGGCCCUUGCUUGGAAGAGCCGCACUUCGACCUGAGCGGGACGGCGUUCGGUGCCAUGGCGAAGCCCGGCCAGGCCGACCAGCUGCGCGCUGCGGGCGUCCUCCAAAUCCAGUUCACCCGGUACGCCCGCAUCAGUUCUACGUUCUUGAUUCACCGUGUUACUAACUGGUUUUUUCCCCUACUCCCGCAUGUGAUAUACAGCGUGCAGUGCAACUGGGCCGGAGUGAAGCUAACCUUCGUCGUGGACGCCGGCUCGAACCCGAACUACUUCGCCGUGCUCAUCCAGUACCAAAACGGCGACGGCGACCUCUCGGCUGUCGACCUCAUGCAGAGCGGUGCUGCGGCGGCAUGGGCGCCGAUGCAGCACUCGUGGGGUGCUGUCUGGAAGCUCGACGCCGGGUCGGCCCUGCAGGCGCCGCUCUCCCUCCGCCUCACGUCCAGCUCCGGCAAGAAGCUCGUCGCCAGCAACGUCAUCCCCCUUGGGUGGAAGGCCGGCUCUGCGUACCAGUCGACAGUCAAUUACUAAUUCUCGUACGAGUUUUCUAUGUACUAUUGUAUGUCAGUAUUUGCGUGUCGGUUGCACUGCAUGCACGGGAUGGUGCAACAUGCAUGGAACCUAUGUAGUAUGUGUGUGUGCGUGUGGUAGUUCGAUGUGUAGCGCGCAGCGCUACUACCAAGAACUGAAAUAAUGGCGAGACGGGCGUUGAGGAGGAGGCGCUGCAUGGGUAUAGAUCUCCCCUGUUGGCCGUUUUAUGUGGACGUGUAAAACAUGUAUGACAGCUCGGUGCACUCCAUCAGUGCCUAAUACGA